GAGGCGUGUGUUUGUUUUGGAGGCUGUGUGACGGACUAAGGCGGACCCGGUUCAGAGGGGCUUUACCUCGGCAGCAGGUGGAGAUCAUCCCUGCCCCUUCACUCAUGUGGACUCACGCCGGCUGGACACACCACCGGGCUUCGUCUCAUUCAUCUUAUUUUGUCCAGAAAAGCGCUGGACAGUCGGACUAACCAUGACCUCGGUGUGGAAACGACUGCAGCGGGUCGGGAAGAAGGCGGCCAAGUUUCAGUUUGCUGCGUCUUUCCAAGAGCUCAUAAUAGAGUGCACAAAUAAAUGGCAGCCGGACAAACUGAGAGUGGUGUGGAUCAGGAGAAACAGACGACAUAGUACAAAGCUCCACAGUUGGCAGCCUGGCAUCAAAAACCCUUAUAGAGGGCUGGUUGUGUGGCAGGUCCCUGAGAGCUUGGACAUCACGGUCACUCUGUUUAAAGAACCUACUGCAGAGGAGUUUGAGGACAAAGACUGGACGUUUGUCAUUGAGAAUGAGAGUAAAGGCCGCAGAAAAAUCCUAGCCUCUGCUGACGUGAAUAUGAAGAAGUAUGCCAGUGUCACUCCGGCCCAGUAUGACAUCACCCUCAAACUCAAACCUCUCUCUGUGAAGGUGGUUGAGGCUACGCUCAAAAUCAAUCUCUCCUGCGUCUUUCUCAAGGAGGGCAAGGCCACGGACGAGGACAUGCAGAGUUUGGCCAGCCUCAUGAGCAUGAAGCAGAGCGACAUCGGAAAUUUAGAGGACUUCAGCGACGAUGAGGGUGAGGAGCGAAGGUUCAGCCAUGGAUCCAUGCAUGCUACUUCAGUUUCUGGGUCUGUUCCUUCUGUCAGUAGAGUUCAUGAUAUGGCUUGGCGGCCUGUCACUCAACCAGGCUUCACAGAGAUGGAUCAGAGCACUUCUCCCUCCUUUUUUUCCACUGUCUCAGCUCCACUCUAUCCAUCUUACCCCCUUGCCCCCCCUCUGUCGCCCACUUGUCCGAUUGACAUCCCAGAAGCAGCUAAACCAUCUCUCUAUGACUAUUCACUACCCGCAUUCACCCCUGCCCACCCUCCUGCUCUGCCACGCAUCUUCCAGCCUGGCGCUGCUUCAGUGCCUCGGGCCGCUCCUCGAAGGCCCCACAGCUUCCACUGUGACUGGUCUCCUGCUGAGGGCUGGGAGGCUCUGGGUCUAUCAUCCUCCACCCCUCCCAAAACUCUGCUCUCCUCUUCUCUGUCUUCUGCUCCUUUUGACCCAUCCCUCCAUCCUCCUACCUUCUCUCAAUGCCCACAAACAGCUGGCCCUACUUGUUGGAGAACUCAGAGCGUUCCUUCCAUAUCCUCCCUCUGCCCUCCCCCCUCAUCCUCCGCGGCUCCUUCUGUAAACAUACCUGUCCUACCUCCACCUCCAGCGGUUAGCAAGAAGCCCAAAUCCCGGGGCUCCUCUGUGGGUGAUACUGGGUGUGCUCUCACCCGCCCCACCAGUCUGCCCUCUGCCCCAGAGUCAGCACCUUGGCAGACUGAAUGGAUGCCACCUAAAUCUCAAGCCCCCCUCUCACAGCCUGGUCUCUCCCCCAAGUUUCUCCAUUUGCGUGCUGAUGACCUGGGACAAACCGCUGUGGGGCAGAAAAAGCAGAAAUUAGACACGACAUUUUCCUCCUCUGGGUUUGUCCCAUCUUGGAGACCUCCUGUCCCCCCUCGAGUAGAGACAGUCAUUCAGAGCUGCCCCUCAGCUGUGUCUGGGCCGUCCCCUCAGCCUUUUUCAUCCCAUACUGUUGUCAAAGCUUCUGACAAAGACCAGGACCCAGAGGUCCACAGACAUUUGAGCACUUUGAAUGAGGAGGACAUCAUAUCUACAUCUACUGAGCAUAAAACCCCUGGUGUCAGAUCUUUUGGAGUGGAGGCUAUCAAAGCAUCACCCGGACCUCAAAGUAUGGCCUCACUCCUGCCUACUAGUCCCAGAACAACUUUAGACCCAGGACUGAACCUAGCAGACAAUACCAAAAGUCAAAAGUAUCCAUCAAUAUCCAAGCAAACAAGAGCAUCCCCUAAACAUCAUACACAAAAACAAGAAUUGUAUAUCAAUGGUAUAACUUUGGACAAGUCUAGUCACUUAACAACAAUCCCCAGAGGAAAUCCAGCUUUAUCAGAGGGAGGGCAGUGCCCUCCUCCCACACUACCCAAACCUGAUUUAGGACUACACCCCAUUGUAUCACUGAAAACAAGAGUGACAAAAUCAGAUGCCCAUGUAAGAGAUUUGGGAAAUAAGGGUGCCAUGGUACCUUCAUUUGAAGAAUCUAGUCAGUCACAUUUAACCAACACUAAGCAUAGUGGCAAAUUACAAUCUGUGAUGACAACUGCUGGUAGCGAAUUGACUGAAUCUAAGAAGACCUUAUCCAACAUAACUUUUAUUCAAGAGAGUUCUUUGAAACUGGAGUCACCAUCAAAGUCAGACACUGAAAUCAUUAAGAGCGAUGUGUUUAUUUCUAAAGUGGAGCUUAGGCCACUGAUUCCAAAAGAGAGGUAUAUUUGCCACCUACAGACUGCAACACAGCAUGAACAUAUCUGUGAAGAAACACAAACCAAGAUGCACAGAUGUUGUCCUCAAACAUCUAAUGUUCCUGGGAUGCCAACAUUGCACCAGUUGUCAAAUAUCACUUGGUCUGAAGAUAAUAAGCGCUUAUUUAUCAAGUUACCUAGCAAAGGAAGCCCUGUACUCUUGCAAUCCCACAACCUGGACAUUGCUAGCAAAAAUAUUCCAAAAAUGGUUGCAAUAACUCCAUCUUGUGCAUGGUCUGCUACUAUUCCUGGCUUUCCGUCCGCUUUGAAGCUAAAUAUUGUCAAUCUUUUGGGGACUUGCCCUAAAGUGUCCAACAUUCCAGGUUUACCCUCAUUGCAUUCAGACACCAAAUAUGAAACACAUAGUUGGGAGAAAUGCAUUCUGUUAAAGAAACCUUUGAUGAAACCACAGAUAUUUUCAGAUAAUAUUCAAGAAAAUAUUGAUCCCAAGAUGAUCAAAAUCAUGGUGUGCCUUUUGCCAACAUGUUCUAAAAUGGCUAGCAUACCUGGGUUCCCCUCAGCUGAGCAGCAUAUUUCUACAAAAAGUCCAGGCAUGACCAGUCUACUUCCAACAUGCCCAAGACAAACCAAUAUUGCAGGCAUGCCAUCCAAACAAAGUCAAACAGAAACCUCCAGCUGGCAUUUUCAACAGGAGUUGGCACCACAAAAGAAAAUGUGGUAUAAUUUUGUUAUAGGACAAGAAACAUUAGAAAAUGAUGAAUUUCUCACACAAAUUAUAAACAUGCUCCCAUCCUGUCCCUUUGCAGCAGCAACCCCUGGUUUUCCUUCAGCCCCACGAGAAAAAAAUAUUGAUUACUUAGAAAGGCAAUACCCUAGUAUGGUAGAGCUUUUGCCUAGUUGCUCAUCAAAAACCUCAAUUGUUGGGUUUCCUUCCAAAAGCCAACCCAGUAUUCAAAAUGACAAUUUGCUAUAUGAGGACUGGCAUAUGUUGAGAAUAUUUAAUUACAAAUUACAUAAGAAACAAUGCCAGCCUUACAUCCUUCAGGGGCUUCCAGCUGAUCAAGUGAUGCUCAGAGGAAUUGUCAAUAUGGUGCCAAGUUGCCCUCCAAAAAACACAAUAUUUGGUUUCCCUUUUGCUCCAUGCCAGAAGCCUAGUAUGGUUAAUUCAAUGCGAUCAUGUCCCAAACAAAGUACUAUUCAGGGAUUUCCUUCAAUGAACUAUUGUGAAUCUUUUAAUAUGCAGUGGUUUCUUUGUAAAAACACACACUUCCAGAGUUCAUGGAAGAAAAGGGAGUCAGUUCUACAACUGAUAUUUAAAUCAGCAACCGAUCAUAAUGACAAUAUGACCUUCCAUAUGGCAUGUAUACAGCCCAGCUGUCCACAAACACCAUGUUUACCAGGAUUUCCAUCUCUGUCUGGUCAAGUUUUGGAGCAUCUACCAAGUAUAGUGUGUCAGCUACAUACCUGUCCUACAUACUCACAAGUUUGUGGAACACCAUCAAUAUUAUUUGAAGACUCUCAUAAUUGGAUCAUCGAUAAGAGAUCAAUUUAUGAAAAGUCAACAAGAACACCAUGGACUAUAUCAGUUCUGAAACCAUAUUCAACUGGAAAAUUAUUUGGUAAAAUUAUGGUAUCGAUGUUACCACCUUGCCCUAAAGAGUCAAAUAUUUAUGGGUUUCCCUCUAAGGGAUGUCUAACUUCAGUCCCACAUUUGAUAACAAAAUCACCAGAUGUGUUCAAAUCAAUAGAAACAUUCCCAGAACAUGGUUCAAUUCCAGGUUUUCCCUCAAAAUCACUUAAAGAGUAUGAAUAUUGGAAUAUGAACAAAAGUCAAAUUUGGAAAAAGCCUCUGAAAAGUAUUUCUACCAUACAUCCUCCAAACACGGACAUGUCAGGUGAAGACAAAUCAUUAAUGCUGAGAAUGGUCCCAUCAUGUUCAAAACAAGCUCUCUGCGCUGGGUUUCCAUCAGCUCCACACCCCCCAAAACCGUGUAGCCCAAACCAAAGCUCUUCUCACAUGGGUCAGUGGAUGACACCAUGUCCAAGACAAUCAACUGUCAUUGGUUUCCCUUCCAGAGAGUACUAUCCACAUUUGGACAGUUACAGUUCUCUUUUUAAAGAGUUGAUUGAUGAUAUUGUUUCACUCAAACAUCUGAAAACUAUGAUUCUUUUUGGUUCAGACUGUGUGUCUGCUCAACCUCAAGAAUGCUCUUCUGUAAAUAUGGUGCCGUCUUGUUCGAAUAAAUCAUUUGUUUUUGGAUUACCAUCGAUCCAGGGUCACCAUUCAGAACAACUCCACCCCAUCGAAACAUUUCCUUUGCUAGAAUCAACCGUCAAUCAAACUGAAACCCUUUCUAAUGUAGAAUGGGAUGCAAAAACCAUUAUACAACGAGUCCCAAUCCCUGACAAUAAAAUCAGUAUGGAUGUGCCAACUUUUUCUGACACAUUAGUACGAGUAUACAUGGAAGAAGGGUGUGGCCUAAACAGUCCUAAUUUAAAGAGGAAAGAUGAAGUUGUUUGGAAAUCAGAUAACGUUGAAGACAUGUGCCUAGAAUUUCGAGGUUUGCCGUGCAGAAUGUGGCACACAGUUCCUGAAAUGCCAAUAUUGUUAAGUGUUAGGAAAAGAUAUGAACCCAUGGUUUCAUUACAACCACCUUGUGAUAUAGUUGAUGGUGCUCAACAGUUGGUCAAGCCUUUCAGAGAUAGUACUAUUGUGUGGGAGGAGUUACCAAAAUCAUCUGCUGAGAAAUAUCCUUCUGGAAACUCUAUAGAGUGGGAGGAACUUCCAAAAACAGUGAAUCAGACUGAAGUGUUAGCCAGAGAUGAGAUGGACAUCUUCAGCAAAGAUCCUCAAGGUUCAAUGGAAGCCUUUUUAGAAUCUUCACUAACAUUGGACAGAAAGCAACAUAACAAUAAUGCAGAAGACAAAUUACUGGUAUUGAGGAAGGAAUGUGUUGAAUAUAAUAAUGAGUUUUCGGAGGUAUGGACAGAUGCAGAUGUAAUGACAAAGCAAAAUGACACAGAAAAGUUUGUAGAAGCCAAAUUUUCAUUGGAACAAAAUACAAGUGCCCUCCCUGACGUGCAACCCAUUGUAGGAAUAACAAUGUCAUCAUUAAGUAUAGACAAUCCUGAACAUAUUACUGUCACAGAACCACUUUGUCUUAAACAACAAAUUUCUCAGAUGUUGCAAUGCGAUGAAUCAAAUAUGACGAGGCUUGUGAGCUCCUGCCCUCUUAACUCUUCUAUAAAAGGUAUUCCAUCUAUGUUACAACCAUGUAAACAAACUUGGUCAACCAGUUGCAAACUGUCAGGUGCAAGGCUGCUCAAAUCUAAAAUGGCCCCAAUAAAAGACAUACAUUUUAAAGAUGAUAUAAAAGCUAUGGUAACUAUAGUCCCCACAUGUGCCAGAUGUGCCACUAUUCCUGGGUUCCCAUCUGGUUCUGAGUCCGUUUAUGGUUCCAGUGGGAUAAAUCUAUAUCCUUCAUGCCCAGUUCUUGCAUCUUUAGCUGGAUUCCCAUCUCUCCAGAAGGCAGAUAACAGAAACUGGACAGUUAUUCAAUGUUUAAUUUUGGAAAAGAGGAUAAAACCAAUGCCUGCGAUGUUAUUAGAAACCAAGGAAAUGUACAAAGAUGUGGAUGGAAUGAUUUGCCUUGCUGAAAGUUUUCCAAAACAUUCAAAAAUUUAUGGAUGUCCGUCUCGCCCUCAAAGAAUCUUUUCAAGUCUAUCAAAUUCAUACUGUAAAUCAUCUCAAAUACCAGGGUUUAUCUCUGGUCCUGAUUGUAAAGAGUGGGCUCAAAAGAAAGGAGAAGUAUUAGCACAUAAAUCAACAGGGGUCCGAGCAAUACGAUUCAGCACAUUCGAUACAAGAGCAAUGACAAGCAUGGUAUGUCUCGCACCAUCUUGUCCAAAAGUGCCAGGCUGUCCAGGUUUCCCUUCUGCUCCAAAUCCACAAGCUGCAUAUUAUGGGGCAUCUGCAACCAGGCUUGUUCCUUCAUGUCCCAAUGUGUCGGCAAUUCCAGGAUUUCCAUCAAUCCAAGAGGAAAAGAAAGUCAGUUCAAAUUUCAGCCUGAUUGCAGGUGAUUUAUUAGCCAAACGUGAACAGGCUGAAAAGAUUGCUAUCAUUGAAGGUAUUCCAAAUCUUGACAAGAAAACAUCAAAUACAAUGUUGUCAUUAGCAGCAUGUUGUCCUAGCACUUCCAGUAUCUUUGGUUGUCCUUCUUUUCCUCGUAUGACCAUUGAAUCUAAUAACAUUUGUCUGGUGCCAUGCUGUCCCAGUGGUUCAGUUCUUCAAGGAUUUGCCUCCCUAACAAGUUCAUCAAGUGCAAAUUGGUCCAUGCGUGCAACAGUACUUUGGGAUAGUACUCAUAUGAGAGCAAAGAAGAUAAUUUUACCUGCUGUACCUACCCACCCAGAAACCCUCAAGGCACAAAGUAUGGUUAAGAUGGUCCUGUGUUGCCCAAAAGAGGCUCGGGUGCUGGGCUUCCCAUCUGCUCCAGUUCUGAAUAGACCCCCCAGUAUAGUGAGUCUUUAUGCAUGCAUGCCUUGUGUCUCACGUUUGCCUGGUUUUCCAUCAGCAAGGACAUUCAACACAGAUUGUGUAGCUUCAGCUGUACCACCAAACCUGAACCUGCUCUAUGACAGACAGUAUAACAGAAAAGUUUGUACUAUAAAACAUGAAAUCAAACUGGAAGGAAACAAGCAUGCCAUAGAUUUAGCACCAUUGUGUCCUCAGCUGGCUAAAGUCCCAGGAUUCCCCAGUAUUUUGCAGUUAAAUGACUCUGAGAAUGAUGCCCAUAUUGGUAAUGAUUCUGUAGAAUUGUCUGAAGUCCCAACCACUCAAGUCCCAGAAAAUGAGGGCACUCUUACAAAUCAAGAUAUACCUUUGCCUUGUGCGAAAAGAACAAAUGAAGAUGGGAAAACUAGUAUUGCUCCGGUUUCUCUUUUCAAGGAUUACUUACAAGAAUUUCUUCCAGAAGAAUCUGAGUCAUUGGUCACUUGUACUUUCAAAGAAAUAAUGGAACCUUUAGAACCUGUCAGGGAGAACUCCCAGAAAAUGUUUAUUACACUGACAAAGAAAACAGGACUGACUGGAUCUGGGACAUCUCUUCCCAUUGAUGGUUGUCCUUCAGAUAAAUCACAGGUCCUUGUGCCAGUCAAAGAAACAAAGACUACAUUAACAGCAGAUGGGGACAGUUAUCAAAAUGCACAAAAGUUUGAGAAAAAUUUUGCAACUGCCCCUGAAAACUCUGAAGAAUUUACAAAUCCUUCUUUUUCAAAGGAGUUUGGUCCUGCCCAAACUCCUAUCCUUAUCAACCCUGAUGUUCCUUUUUCACUUUCUACUCUCAGCACAGAAGAGUCAUAUGAUGUAAAAAAUGAUACGGGUCCUGUUGUUCGUGGCCUAGUAGAACAGACUUGUGAAACCAAAAAAGAAAAGGUUGAGAUGGCAGAGACAAAGAAGGACACAUUUGACAUGUCAGAACCAGGUUGGGAGGUAUUGGAAGCAGAGGGAACAUUAACAGAGCAGCAGGCUGAAACCUCCCCCCAUCUUUUUAAGUCAAUUGUAGAUGUCUUUCAGAAAGGUUAUGACUCAGUAGCUACUAUGUUGGGGCCACCUAGCUCUUCUUUAGCUGAGGAUCACCAACACUCAAAGACCACUUCAUCCAUGAGCCUGCAGGACAGGACAGUUCCACCUGUGCAUGAUAAAACCAAUUUCAUGCCAAGAGUUUCUUCAGAGAGGCAGUUUAUGAACACUGACAAGAAAGUAGGAGGUGCUCAGCCAACCUCGUGGGACUUGCUUGAGAAGCGGUCAUGUUCCGUCCCUUUAUCCACUCAAGAUGACAGCUUUCCAGUUUGGGCAAGAUUCAAGAAAUGGCCACCGCUCACUGCAAAAGAUAUACCAAAUGAAAGUUUUGAAGAGACUGAGAAAGUAGAAGUUAAAGAGGUGUCAUUGGUCAUAGGGCAAGAUUCAGUUUGCUCUGAGGAGGACAGUGAAAGAUGGUUAGUACAGCAGCUGACUGAGGCAGAACAGGAGGAUGUUAAAACAGUGUUGACCUGCACUGAGCUGGACAAAGGCCCAAAACAAAGUGAAGCUACUCUUCAGUCGCCACCAGAUGAUGAAAAUAUCAGUGAAGUUGGAACAAAGGACAAAAAAACAAAAAGAAGAAUUUUGAAGAUACCAAAGAAAAAAGUUGAUCAAACAAAAGUGUUUGCCCCUGUUUGGCCUCCCAAAAAGAAGGAUGGAGGUAUGAGUUCUGCGAAUGAUACCCAGAAAGAUGAUGGACGUAAAGUGAAGGAAAUAAAUACAUUGGUCAUCAAGGAAACUCCAAAAAUAUCAGUAACAAGUCAAAUUUCUGAAACCGAAACAAAUUAUUCCAUAAUUAAUGCAGGACCAGCUGUUGCUGUAAGUACUUCAUUGAAAAAAGAAGAUCUUACAGGCUCUGCUCAGGAGCAAGAGUCAUUUCAAGUUGAGAAAAAAGAACCUGUCUCACUUAUUAAAAAGAUAGGAAUUUCUCUCAAAGGAAAGAAGCUACCUCUAAGAAAACCUGGCAAGAAGGACACUGCCAAGAAAACUGUAGAACCAAGUGUUCACGAUGAGGUGAAAGUUGAAGAAAAGGUCGUAACUGAGAAAGUGAAUGUCACUGUUGAAAUGACAGUGAUUAAGCAGACAUUACCUGUCCCACAGCCAAGAAUAAAGAAACGUUCAAGUGGAUCCUUCCCUGAUGACUUAAAAGUUACAGAGUCAACAAUACAAGGAGAACUAGUCCAAAAAUCCCAAGAAAUGUCAAGUAUGGACAACAGUACAACAGCUCUUUCUAUAGAGGAUUCUACCCCCACUGGUACAUCAGAGACACCCACUGUACAGUUACAGAAUAAACAAGAUCCUUCAAGCUUAAUUCCUGUACCUAAACCAAGAUCAAAGAAACGCUUCAGCGCUUCAUUCCCAGAUGAAACCUCACAAGCAGUGACAGAUAGUACUUGCUCUGAGAGUAAUCAACAUGGUGAUCAGUUGAGCAUGCCUGCAUCAAAAUCUGAUGAAACUUUAACUUUUCAGACAAAGAAUGAAACUCUGCAUCAGGUCCAGAAGUUUACCUUACCAGUCCCAAUGCCACGGGAAAAGAAGAAACGUCUAAGUGCAUCUUUUGUCGACAGCAGCACAGAACAGGAAAAGUCAACAGAUGCUGGACCAGCUAACAUGGAUGCUGCGUUGCAAAUUAGCAAAGAAACCUCUGAAGGUCCAGUUUCUUGCGAGUCCAGCAUAAUUUCUGAUAUAGGUUCUGAAAUUGCAAGGGAGGAUGAAGUCGUGUCCGAUAUUGAGUUUAUCCAGACAUGUAGUAUAGAGGAUACAGAAGAGGAGAUGAUCCGAAGUUGGACAUUUACAGAUAAGCAAGGCAUAACAACAGAUUCUCAAGCAGUGCUGCUGGGGGACACUGAAGAUGUUCAAGAGCUCUCCAGGUCUAUUUCUAUUGUCUCAUCAGCUCAAGAUGAUUGGUUCCAUGUGAGUGAUAGCAAAAGCAGUGAAACUAUGGAAGAGGUCAAGACUGAAGACUUGGGGAGUGACUUUGAGCCUGUAGAUGUGGCAGCUGAUUGUGUAGUGGAAGACAGGUCGAAGGAGCCACACAGAGCUCUACCUCGGGGUAAAAAGCGUUUCAGUGGGUUGCAUCUAGAUGACAGCAAGUCCAAUGUCAUCCAAGUCAAUGAAGCAACAACUCCUCAGAAAAAGCCAGCAGAUACAACCAUCUCUGCUGAACUCAUGACCAGCCCUGGUUUAGUAACAUCCACGCAGUCUCUUUUGGAGUGGUGUCAGGAAGUCACUCAGAGCUACCAUGGAGUGAAGAUCACCAACUUUAGCACAUCAUGGAGAAAUGGCUUGGGUUUUUGUGCUAUCUUGCACCACUUUCACCCUGAAAUGAUUAAUUAUGAAACACUGGACCCAUAUGAUAUCAAGCAAAACAAUAAAAAGGCAUUUGAUGGCUUUGCAGAGCUGGGCAUCUCUCGGCUGAUGGAGCCCUCUGAUAUGGUGAUGUUAGCUGUUCCUGACCGACUCAUUGUUAUGACAUACCUGAGCCAGAUCCGCACUCACUUCACAGGUCAGGAACUCAGUGUGCUCCACAUAGAAAAGGACAGUAGUGACUCCAGCUAUGCUGUGGGCUCCUGCGCCGCUCCAGAAGAUCCAGAGGCGGCCGUUCGGUACUGCACCCAACGGCUACAAGAGGAGGGCAUCAGUAUAGAGACCAAUGGUACAGCAAUGGAUAAGGACAGUAAAAGUGAGGUUGUGCCACCUCCUAGGCAGAAAAGACAACAGGGUGUUGGUGGAACACAGUCUCCAGUCGCACCACCCCGGACUCACAUCUUGUCCAAGUCCACAUUCUCUCACGUUAAAGAUGCAGAUCUGGUCAAAAAGAGACGCUCACAGAGGAGGAGCAGUUCAGUGGAUGAGGGAGAAUCUUCAGCGGCAGCUGCAGGACACAAUGACAGUUUACUCUCUCGAAGCACAUCAGAAACUGAAAGAACAGAAAAAGUGACAGAGGAAACAAGACCAGAGGGCCAGGACACCAAUCAGUAUGUGCUGAACCAGAUGGAGGCUCUGGAGGCCGAGCAGAAUCACAUCGACAACAGAGCAGGUGUGGUGGAAAUGAAACUCCGGCAGCUCAUGGAAACAGCAGGCAGUGACAAAGUGGAGGAAGAGCGGUUAAUUCAGGAGUGGUUUACACUGGUCAACAAAAAGAAUGCUUUGAUUCGGAGACAGGACCAUCUUCAGCUGUUGCUGGAAGAACAAGACUUGGAAACAAGAUUUGAGCUGUUAAAGAAGGAACUGAGAGACAUAAUGGCAACAGAAGAAUGGCAGAAGACUCCAGACCAUAAACACAGGGAGCAGCUGCUGCUGCAGGAGCUGGUGUCUCUGGUGAACCAGAGAGAUGAACUGGUACAGAACAUGGACGCCAAGGAGCGAGGAGCAUUGGAGGAGGAUGAGCGGCUGGAACGGGGUUUGGAGCAGCGGCGCAGAAAGUACUCCAAACAACAGAAGGACAAGUGUGUGAUGCAGUGAACGACAAACCUGUACAGCCUAGGUAAUAAUAAAAAAAAACACUGCAGAGCACUGAAGCAGCACGAGCAGAGAGAGUCACAGAGGAGUAAAAAAAAGUAAGUUAUUUUGUUAUUAGUAACCCUGGAUGGUUUGCUAAGCUUUUAUUAUCCAUAAACAUUAAGUUGAACUGUGCACUUCAGUGUGAGUAUUAGGUGGAUAGUUUUAAGUUGUGAAACUGUUACUGAUUUUGUUUUACGUUAUAGCAUUGGUACAGCUAGUUGCCAAAGCAGCAACAACAGGUGCCUUAUCUUUGAGAAUAUGCUCUUUCUCAGCUGCAAAGAUGCCUUAAACACUGCAAAGAAUUAGCAUUAUAAAUACAUUCAUUUAUAAUGUUAUUGGAUAAAGGUGUUUGUAAACAAAUGUUGAACAGUUGUCUGAGUAGCAGAUGCAUUUCUCACUUUUAUCAACUUCAGUUGUUAAAACUGCAGUAUAUAUGUUGCUUUUCUGCACUGAAUCAUUGUUUAUCUAGUAGAUAAAUUAAACAGACAACCAGAAUUUAUGGGCUAACAUUGCAAGGUCUUUCAAAGCAUCAUCUGUGGUUUCCUUUACUUUUUAAGGUUUUUAAUAAAUCAGACAUUUUAA